AUGCCGACUCCAAUCCCAGGCUUCCUCCUCCCACGGGGACCCCCCUCCGCACUUAUGCUGCGCACCCUGCAGCGCCAAAAUGCACGCAGCUUCACCUCAACGAGCGCGGCAUUGAAGAAAGCCAAGAGCGCGACCCCGAAGCCCCGAGUCCUCGAAAAGCCUGACCGGUUCCGCCCUCCCUCUCACCCCCAGCGCCUCGUGACCCCCUCACCAAAGAGCGCACCACCCGGUCAGCCAUUCGAAUAUGGUCCGCGAACAACCGAGAAAGAGCGCAUCGAGCAGAGCAAAACACAGUACCCUGGCAUGUUCCCGCCAGAGGGAACAGUGAUGCACCGAUUCUUAACAAGCAAAUGGAUUCACAUCUGGAUUUCAAUGAGUGUUCUCAUGGCCUGUGCAGGUUUCACCUUCUCUACGAAUUUCAAAGCGACUUCCCCAUUCGCACACCUCCUCCCACCAUGGUCCGGUCUCCUGACUUCACCGUUUGCCACCAUCGGACAGGCUUUUAGUGUGUGGCGCAUGCAUGUGCAGCAUAACUCUAUGCGCGUGCGGGAGCAGCGUCACCGCCGUGUCGAGGACGCCGAGAAGAGGAAGCAGUACCGCAUCGCCCAUGGCUUGGAGGAGCCCGAGAAGAACCUCGAUGAAGAAGCGGUCUCGCAGUCGCCUGUGGCCGAGCCUGCCGCUGCGGUGCCUGCGGGUGAGGUGUAUGUUGACUUUGAGGGAAAUCAGAAGCCCGUCAAGAAGUGGUUUGGCAUUUGGUGA